AUGUGCAUCCCAUCGUGGUCGAUCCACGAUCCACGAUCAACCCACGAUCGGCUCGCGAUCCACGAUCGACUCCUGAUCUGCGAUCGGCGAUCAACUAUCGAUCGACGACUUGUGCCGGUUGCCAAGGCGAAUGCGAAGAAGCGCCGAACAAGAUUCGUUCUCCGAGACAGGCAGCGUAUUCGAUCGACGGGCUGCGAGCUCAUCUUGGCCGGUCUGCAUCUUGGGCGGUCUGCAUCUUGGGCGGUCUGCAUCUUGGGCGGUCUGCGCGGGACGAAUUGGAGAAGGAGCGAGGAGAAACCGUCCGAAGUGAGCCACACCGUGCACAACGACUUGCCGACAGAAGGCGAAUGCGAACAAGCGCCGAACAAGAUUCGUUCUCCGAGCCAGGCAGCGUAUUCGAUCGACGAGCUGCGAGCUCAUCUUGGCCGAUCUGCAUCUUGGGCGGUCUGCAUCUUGGGCGGUCUGCGCGGGACGAAUUGGAGAAGGAGCGAGGAGAAACUGUCCGAAGUGAGCCACACCGUGCACAACGACUUGCCGACAGAAGGCGAAUGCGAACAAGCGCCGAACAAGAUUCGUUCUCCGAGCCAGGCAGCGUAUUCGAUCGACGAGCUGCGAGCUCAUCUUGGGCGGUCUGCAUCUUGGGCGAAGGCGAAUGCGAACAAGCGCCGAACAAGAUUCGUUCUCCGAGCCAAGCAGCGUAUUCGAUCGACGAGCUGCGAGCUCAUCUUGGGCGGUCUGCAUCUUGGGCGGUCUGCGCGGGACGAAUUGGAGAAGGAGCGAGGAGAAACUAAGGCGAAUGCGAAGAAGCGCCGAACAAGAUUCGUUCUCCGAGCCAGGCAGCGUAUUCGAUCGACGAGCUGCGAGCUCAUCUUGGGCGGUCUGCAUCUUGGGCGGUCUGCAUCUUGGGCGGUCUGCAUCUUGGGCGGUCUGCGCGGGACGAAUUGGAGAAGGAGCGAGGAGAAACCGUCCGAAGUGAGCCACACCGUGCACAACGACUUGCCGACAGAAGGCGAAUGCGAACAAGCGCCGAACAAGAUUCGUUCUCCGAGCCAGGCAGCGUAUUCGAUCGACGAGCUGCGAGCUCAUCUUGGCCGAUCUGCAUCUUGGGCGGUCUGCAUCUUGGGCGGUCUGCGCGGGACGAAUUGGAGAAGGAGCGAGGAGAAACUGUCCGAAGUGAGCCACACCGUGCACAACGACUUGCCGACAGAAGGCGAAUGCGAACAAGCGCCGAACAAGAUUCGUUCUCCGAGACAGGCAGCGUAUUCGAUCGACGAGCUGCGAGCUCAUCUUGGGCGGUCUGCAUCUUGGGCGAAGGCGAAUGCGAACAAGCGCCGAACAAGAUUCGUUCUCCGAGACAGGCAGCGUAUUCGAUCGACGAGCUGCGAGCUCAUCUUGGGCGGUCUGCAUCUUGGGCGGUCUGCGCGGGACGAAUUGGAGAAGGAGCGAGGAGAAACUAAGGCGAAUGCGAACAAGCGCCGAACAAGAUUCGUUCUCCGAGCCAAGCAGCGUAUUCGAUCGACGAGCUGCGAGCUCAUCUUGGGCGGUCUGCAUCUUGGCCGGUCUGCGCGGGACGAAUUGGAGAAGGAGCGAGGAGAAACCAAGGCGAAUGCGAAGAAGCGCCGAACAAGAUUCGUUCUCCGAGCCAGGCAGCGUAUUCGAUCGACGAGCUGCGAGCUCAUCUUGGGCGGUCUGCAUCUUGGGCGGUCUGCAUCUUGGGCGGUCUGCAUCUUGGGCGGUCUGCGCGGGACGAAUUGGAGAAGGAGCGAGGAGAAACCGUCCGAAGUGAGCCACACCGUGCACAACGACUUGCCGACAGAAGGCGAAUGCGAACAAGCGCCGAACAAGAUUCGUUCUCCGAGCCAGGCAGCGUAUUCGAUCGACGAGCUGCGAGCUCAUCUUGGCCGAUCUGCAUCUUGGGCGGUCUGCAUCUUGGGCGGUCUGCGCGGGACGAAUUGGAGAAGGAGCGAGGAGAAACUGUCCGAAGUGAGCCACACCGUGCACAACGACUUGCCGACAGAAGGCGAAUGCGAACAAGCGCCGAACAAGAUUCGUUCUCCGAGCCAGGCAGCGUAUUCGAUCGACGAGCUGCGAGCUCAUCUUGGGCGGUCUGCAUCUUGGGCGAAGGCGAAUGCGAACAAGCGCCGAACAAGAUUCGUUCUCCGAGCCAGGCAGCGUAUUCGAUCGACGAGCUGCGAGCUCAUCUUGGGCGGUCUGCAUCUUGGGCGGUCUGCGCGGGACGAAUUGGAGAAGGAGCGAGGAGAAACCAAGGCGAAUGCGAACAAGCGCCGAACAAGAUUCGUUCUCCGAGCCAAGCAGCGUAUUCGAUCGACGAGCUGCGAGCUCAUCUUGGGCGGUCUGCAUCUUGGCCGGUCUGCGCGGGACGAAUUGGAGAAGGAGCGAGGAGAAACCAAGGCGAAUGCGAAGAAGCGCCGAACAAGAUUCGUUCUCCGAGCCAGGCAGCGUAUUCGAUCGACGAGCUGCGAGCUCAUCUUGGGCGGUCUGCAUCUUGGGCGGUCUGCAUCUUGGGCGGUCUGCAUCUUGGGCGGUCUGCGCGGGACGAAUUGGAGAAGGAGCGAGGAGAAACCGUCCGAAGUGAGCCACACCGUGCACAACGACUUGCCGACAGAAGGCGAAUGCGAACAAGCGCCGAACAAGAUUCGUUCUCCGAGCCAGGCAGCGUAUUCGAUCGACGAGCUGCGAGCUCAUCUUGGGCGGUCUGCAUCUUGGGCGGUCUGCAUCUUGGGCGGUCUGCGCGGGACGAAUUGGAGAAGGAGCGAGGAGAAACUGUCCGAAGUGAGCCACACCGUGCACAACGACUUGCCGACAGAAGGCGAAUGCGAACAAGCGCCGAACAAGAUUCGUUCUCCGAGACAGGCAGCGUAUUCGAUCGACGAGCUGCGAGCUCAUCUUGGGCGGUCUGCAUCUUGGGCGGUCUGCGCGGGACGAAUUGGAGAAGGAGCGAGGAGAAACUGUCCGAAGUGA